ACACUGCACACAUGAUUAUAUUUAUAUUCACUCACAUCUUAUGAACUCACGGUUGGUGAACAUUAAAUAUCAAACAAACAUCAACAUAUUGAUAUAUAUGUUAUCUUUGUCAGCAGUAAAAUACUGCUACACUUCUUCAAAGUGCAAACCUAUGAACUCUCUUUCUUUCUCCAUCUCGUGAGUGAUAUUUAACAAGAAAUGGAUUUUCAAGAUUUCUUCUUAGCAGUAACAAUCACCUUAGGCUUCAUCAAAAUAUGCAAAUCUCUAUUCCAUUUUCUCAACUGGAUAUGGAUCAUGUUCUUAAGACCAACAAAACAGCUCAAAAAAUAUGGUUCAUGGGCUAUAAUCACUGGCUCCACUGAUGGAAUAGGCAAAGCUAUGGCUUUUGAGUUUGCAUCUAAGGGACUCAACAUACUCUUAGUUGGUAGAAACCCUCUUAAACUUGAGACAACAUCAAAACAGAUAAUAGAUAAACAUGGUGGAAAUGUUGAGGUAAAAAGUGUUGUUAUAGACAUGCAAAAUAUCAGUGGAAAAGAAAUAAUGAAAAGGGUGGAAGAAGCAAUAGAUGGUUUAGAUGUUGGAAUUUUAGUUAAUGGUGCUGGUGUAGCUUAUCCUUAUGCUAGAUAUUUUCAUGAGGUUGAUUUGGAUUUGAUGGAUUCUAUUAUCAAAGUGAAUGUGGAAGGAACAACUUGGGUUACAAAAGCUGUGAUUCCUAGUAUGAUUAAGAAGAAAAAAGGUGCUAUUAUUAACAUUGGUUCUGGUUCUACUGUUGUUCUUCCUUCUUAUCCUCUUGUCACACUUUAUGCAGCUUCAAAAGCGUAUCUUGCAAUGUUCUCUUCAUGCAUCAAUUUGGAAUACAAGCAUCAAGGAAUUGACAUCCAGUGUCAGGUUCCAUUAUUUGUGUCAACAAAAAUGACAAGAAUGAGAGCAUCUCUUUUUGUUCCAACACCAGAAAUAUAUAGCAAAGCAUGCACAAAAUGGAUUGGCUAUGAAAAACUGGUUGUACCUUACUUCUUUCAUGAGCUGCAAUCCUUUCUUAUAAGGACAAUUCCAGAUGUAUUUUUGGAUUCCUACAUGCUUCGUUAUUUUCUAAACAUGCGUAAAAGAGGACUCAUUAAGGAUUCACAAAAGGCAUCUAAGUAGUAAUUCUGAAACAAAUCAACAUUUGAGGCCAAAUUAAGGACUCCAAAUAUGUACUUUCCUUUUUUGUAUUUUCUAGAUUGGACUUUUGGGUCCAUCAUUUUCCUGUUAUAAUAAUAACAAUCUUAAGCA